GUGAGGGAAACACUUGCUAACAACAACAGGGAACCUGUUCUCACUGUCAGUGUUGUGUUUUUGUCUCCUGGGGGAUUUUUAAACAGAAAUGGCUUUACCGGCCCAGUUCAAACCCAUCCAGCACCACCUGCGGACCGCGCAGGAACACGAGAAACGGGACCCGGUCGUGGCUUACUACUGUCGGCUAUAUGCUAUGCAGACAGGCAUGAAGCUGGACAGUAAAACACCAGAGUGCCGAAAGUUCCUGGUCAAACUCAUGGACCAGCUGGAGUCAAUGAAGAAGGAGCUGGCUGAACACGACUCCAUCACUCAGGAGGUAGUUGGUAACGCCCACAUUGAAAACUACGCCUUAAAGAUGUUCCUCUACGCUGACAACGAGGAUCGAGCAGGACGGUUCCACAAGAACAUGAUCAAGUCUUUCUACUCAGCCAGUUUGCUCCUGGAUGUCUUGUCUGUGUUCGGGGAGUUGUCAGAGGAGAACAUCCAACACAGGAAGUACGCCCGCUGGAAGGCCACCUACAUCCACAACUGUCUGAAGAACGGAGAGACGCCUCAGGCUGGCCCCAUCAAUAUGGACGAGCCCGGGGAAGCAGAUGAGUAUGGAGCUGAAGGUCAGGGUUUUUCCCACGGGGGUUCCUUCAGAGGUGAGCAGCCUUCCGAGUCCUACAAGAACGAGGACCAGAGUUUGGGUCCGGGUCCCGCUCCGGGGAUCGGCUUCACUCCCGGUCCAGGACCGGGGCCAACGGGCCCCCCCACCACCAACUUCAACAACAUCCACAUCCCACCCGGGGCCCACGCACCGGCCAACACUCCAGCUGAGCUGCCUCCACCCACAGAAGCAGUUAAACCAGUGCCUCUUCCCCGAUCAGUGCCCACUGUUGACCCCACACUGCUCAGCGCCCAGCAGCAGGGCGGUGUUCAUCUCUCCCCGGAGGACUACACCAAGGCCCAGAAGUACUGCAAGUACGCCGGCAGCGCCCUGCAGUACGAGGACGUCGGCACGGCCAUCCAGAACCUCCAGAAAGCCCUGAAGCUCCUCACCACAGGCAAAGAAUGAAGCCUUUGUCCUCCUCCGAUGUGAUCCCUCCAUCCCUCCUUCCUUCCAGCCCCCUAUUUUCUCCCCAGCAGCGCCGCUCUAUCUGUCACUGAUCUGGCCUGCAGUGAGCUGAGGACGCAGGACACACACACACACACACACACACUCACACACACUGAGGCCGUCCUGUGAAGAAAGACGUUCAGCUCGUCGUCAGAGAACAUGAUGGAAAUCAGUCUGCAACAAUGGCUGCCUGUGUCCGACACUGUGUCACUCGGACUGACUGACGGACUGACUGACGGACUGACUGCAGAACACGUUGACUCUUUAUUUCUAAUUAUUAGACCCCAAAAAACAAAAGCUUCAUUACUGGCCAUAAUUGUCUUUGAAUAUAUUCAUCAACAUCAGUACAUACAGAACAUAGACAAUACAAUCGUUAUGACUCUGAGUGGCUGCUCAAACACCAGUUUGACAAAAUGAUCUCAACUCAAGGUCCACUUACUGGCUUUUUAUGGGCUGACUGUGCUCUGUUAUAAAGCACGCUUCACCUGCAGUGACAGUUUAGUGUAGUGGACCUUUUCAUUUUCAGGUUCAUGCUUUUAUUUUUGGUGUCUACUCAAAAAUCUUUACAUGCUCUGAUGUUAAAAAAAAAACAUUAUUUUUCUCAUAGUGUGCGUUGCUGCAGCACCUCUGUUCACCCUCUGUCUGAAGCACUCAGUUUUAACGUCUGUCUCUUUAUUAUAUGCAGCGUGUUGCGUUUGUCAACCAACAUGAGGAAAAAAAACGAAAAACCUGAUGCGGCAAAUUAACUUCAUUAGAAAAAAGUUUGACCGUUUCUUGCAGCGAUCUCUGCUGGGUGAUCAAUCAAUAAUCAAUCAAUAAAGAAACAUAUAAGCAUAAAAUCUUGUAUCACAGCACACAGUAUGUACCUUAAUAUUAAAAUAUUGACAUAUUAUGAAACUGUUGUGGAUCAAAUAACCAGAUGGGAAUGUUGAAUGAGGUCCCUGACACAUCACUGUCCUUCACACUGAUCACAGCGACCAAGCGUCGCCUCAGAUAUUAAAGGAUAAUGACCUCAGUGCAGACUGUGUGCCGAAAUCACUUUAAAUUUAAACUGUUUAAAUCAUCGUACUGCCAGAGCCUCUAAUAUAUAUGAAAUGUUAAAAUUGGCCCAAAAAUUCAGUUUUCAUUUGGCUCAAAUUUUUUGGAAUUUGGACGGAGCCAUGCUAGCUUUCCCCCCUGCUUCCAGUCUUUAUGCUAAGCUAGGCUAACCAGGACGCUAAAAGACGACUGACGGACUUGCUUUGCGCGAUUAGACACCGAAGGUUUAAAUCACUGACGAAGCGAACGGCUCACAUUGACCAGGGUUGUCCAGAAGACUGUGAGCUGGUUUCAUUCAGACAAACAAAUUAAUCUUCAGAAUAAUCUUAAAGGAAAAAACUCUGAUGCCAGAAAACUUUUUACUGUCUUUUCUCAUCCGGAAAAAUGCAACACAGAAUGUAUUUGACCGUCUACAUUUGGAUUCCACCUUUUUCGUCACAGCCCAUACUGAUUAAUGUCGCUACAUGUUUCCAUUUGUUUACAAGAUAAAACUUUGUCUCAUCCAUUCAGGCUUUUGCUCCAGAGCUCAGACAAUAAAGAGAAUAAUGUGGAGGAAAGAAACUUUACAAUCAGCGAGUGAAUAAAACUGCUGGUGGGGUGUUGGGAGUCACCAGAGGGGGCGCUAAUUCACAGAUAGUCCAUGGAAGAAAUAUUUUACUUUAAUGUGUUGACAUAUCACUUUCUCUGUAUAUGUUGAUUAUUUCCGAGUUGGGGCAGAGAUUUUUUUUUCCGGUUUCUAUUUAACAUUUAAGUUUCUCGGCAUUUCUUUUAGUGGGACUUUAAAGGUUUUCACAAAGUGGCAGCCAGAUGUUGAAAUCUGCCAGAAUCUGAUUGAUUAAAAACAGUUAGAAUAAAAUGUUUGAAAUGACGGUAUAUUGACUUCUGUGUUUGGUGUUCGGGCUGCACUCACAGCAUGUGUGUCUCCACUUUACCUCCUGUCACUGCACUGUAAAAAAUGUACUCUGGAGUUAAAAAUAAACACGUUGGUCCAGUUCAGUUUAAACACAUUGCUCCAAACUCAGAAGAAAUUCUUCUGUUCUCCAGAAGUGACUUCAUGGAAACGUGCUUGAAUGUGUUUCCUCUGAUAAAAUCAAAUAGCCUGCAAUACUAGCUAAGACGCUAGCUCAGUGCUAACCAGUUAGCCAGUUAGCUAAGUUGUUUUUGAGGAUGGAGGUCUGAAGAUUCUCCAGAGAUGCACGCUGGGUAAUAUUAGUUU